AUGCUUCUUGUAUGGAUAGCAGCCAUUAUAGCCAUCGCUUGGCUGGUAUUGGGUUCAUCGUCUAACACCAAAGGCAGCGGGAAGCCUUUGCCUGGCCCACCAGGUAAGCCCUUGGUCGGAAACCUCUUUGAGAUCCUCCAAUACCACUCUUGGCUCAAGUUCAAGGAAUGGGCCGACACAUACGGCCCGAUCUUUCGUCUCAAUCUCGCUGGGCGGCAGCAUGUCCUCUUGUCGACCGAGAAGAUUGCCAGUGAUCUCCUACGCGAACGAGGCAGUUAUUAUUCCUCACGCGAGUUUCUCCCCAUGGCAUCUGGAAUCGUCUCGCGCGAGAUGAGGCCAUUGCUUCUCCCACAUAAUGGCCGGAAACUGAUGCAUCAGUUGACCAUGCCAGCCGCAGCUGACUCUUACCAAACCGUCCAGGACUAUGAGUCCAAGAAGCUGCUCAUGUCGCUGCCCGAGACACCUGCCACCUAUGUCAAAUGGUUCCAGCUGUACGCCUCGGGGGGUAUUUUCCGAAUUGGAUUCGGCAAGUUGAUAGAAACGGGCGACCAGCCCGCUGUCAAGCGAAUUAUCCAAGUUGUCCAUAAUCUGGAGCGAGUCGCAUCACCCGGAGCCUACUUUGUUGACUCGAUGCCAUUCCUCAACAGGUUGCCAGAAGCAGUAGCCCCCUUCAAGAGGGAGGGGCGAAGGCUACACGAGGAGGAACUGAGCCUCUUUAGAGAGCUUCAGUAUGAUGUGUGCCGCGCAUUGGAGAAGGGCUCUGACGCUCAGUGUCUCACACGUACGUUCCUCGAGAACAAGGACGGCUAUCAGCUUUCUGAUGACGAGGGGGCCUACGUAAUCGGCACCUUGUUCGAAGCUGGGAGCGGCACCACAGCUGUGGGCGACCGAAUGCCCGAGUUUGAGGAUAUACCGAACCUUCCGACGGUACGUGCCGUUAUCAGGGAGGUGCUGCGGUGGCGCCCUGUCGCAGCAGGUGGGUUUCCUCACCAGCUGACCAAGGACGACGAAUACGAAGGGUUUUCCUUCAAAAAGGGAACGAUAUUCCAUCCCAACCAAUGGGCAAUUCAUCGAGACACGGCAUUGUACCCUGACUCAGACAACUUCAGGCCGGACAGAUGGCUGGACCCAAAGUUCCCACCUACUUACAGAGAACCGCUGUCCAAGUUCCCCAACCUGCAGAACUACAGCUGUUUUGGAUUCAGGCGGCGGAUCUGUCCAGGACAGAACAUCGCCGAGCGGUCUCUUCACAUCUUGACGGCUCGGGUCGCCUGGGCUGGCAGCGUUGUAAAGGAAAGGGACGCUAGCGGAGCGGAGCUGCCAGUGCCACUUUACGACUACACCAUAGGGUUCAACACCCAACCGGAACACUUUGACUUUGACGUGGUUAUACGGUCACAGGCGAGACAUGCAGUCAUCAAGGAAUAUCUGAAGGAAACAAGGUCUAAGCGGCCAGCGUAG